CUUUUUGUUGUGUUUUGGCUCCUGAAGGAGGUAGCAACUGGAGAUGGUAUGAAAGAAGAACCUAUCUCUUCUGUCUGACUGCAAAAGGACAGAGUGCACUUUGCUAAGCAAAGGUCUGAACAUAGACUGGAGAGGAGUCAAGUGGGCAGACACAGUGAUUAUUGACUCUCUGAUGGGGACUGGUAUUCGUGGUACCUUAGAGUCUCUGUAUUUUCUGAUGCCUAAACCAGCUUAUGUACAAUAUCUUGGAAGCAUGUUUUAAGAUGUCUGACUGUCAUCAAGCAAUACAAGGGACACCUUGCUUCAGUGCCAGUGAUUUCAGGAGAACUCCAGUCUUUUGGAGCAGACUUUAGUAGUCCAGCAGCAGGCUUAGGUAAUCCUUUCUUAGGCUGCUAAGUGCAAGCCAGUAAUUAAGUAUUACAGAGCAAGGGAGGAAAUUUGAAAUGUUCAUGGGAAGCUACUGAAUAAUAAGCCAAGACUAACCAAUAAAACCAAACUAAACUUCUUCCAAAAAGCGUAAGCAAGCGCAUUAAGAAUUAAUGUACUCCAGCCCUGAUGGAAAGGUGAUGUAUUUGUAUAAGCUUAGCAGCCAAAGAUGGGGUUUUUACUGUUUUGCACUCCUCCUUUUUUUUGGUUGAAGUCCUUGUAGGAGGGAUUAUUUAGUUGAUUGAAGUGAAGGAACAGGUGGUUUCCCGUCUUGUCUCUGUCUUGCUUCUCCAAGAUGAAAUAAUGCUUGAAAUUUCCCCUCCAUGUUGCAGAACUUUGAAAAUAGGUAUAGGAUAGGCAGAAAGAGUGCAGAUAAAAACAGUCUUUAAUUUCUGAGGUCAUUCUCGAGCUAUGCUCAGAACUUGUCCUUUAGGUAUUUACCACCUUGUUUUCACAUUCAAGGUCAACGCCUGUUCAGCAAGUAAUGCUUGAGUAAUGUUACAUUUGCGACAGAGGGUGCUUCAAAGCCUCAAAUAUUUGUGUCAAUAUUUUUUGUCUUGUCUAAAAGAGAUGUCCAAAGAGACUUGCAUUUCUAACUAUUUUUGUGUUUCUGUAACUGCUGCUGUUCUGCUUCCUUUCCUUAAAUUGCAUUGUCUCUUAUACAUUAUUAGACCUAUGUUUCAUGAUGUUUGCUGGUUUAAGAGAUAUGCUUUUCUUCCCAGCUCUGUGCCUGCUUGAAUCUCAAUUAAUAAAAAGCAUCAGUAACAUCUUCUCUGACAUGUGGUGAUUAGAUACUUAGGGCAGCAGUUCAAGUUGAUUUCUUGUUUGUGUUCAACUACUGCACUGUAUUUCUAGAAACAGCAUUGUUCUUGAGAAAGGGCUCGGUGAAUUGAAGGUCCAGAGAUGUAAUUUUUUAUGUUGAAGGAUGGUCUUGGUUAGAAAUGCAUGAAGACAUGGCAAUUAAAACUUCUGCAGUGUAAUGAAACAGAUGAAAUCAAUCUAGGGAAUAGACAAGAUAUAAAUCUUCCUUUGUAUUUGGUGGGAGUUCCUGAAGAGAUUUUAUCACCUCCUUAAAUACACCUAGGUGAAAAAAUGAGAGGAAUGGGUGGGGAAAACAACUGUAGUGUAGCAAGGGCUUGGGAGCAGCUGUGUUGCUGCCAGUCAUGAACGAUGUAAAUACUUAUUUGGUCUGCUCACAGCACACCCUGCGAGUGACUAGCAAGCCAGCAUAACUCAAGGAUGCCAUGGCUUUUAAUAAGUUCAAUGUUCUCCACUGGCAUAUAGUAGAUGAUCAGUCCUUCCCUUACCAGAGCAUUUAUUUCCCUGAAUUAAGUGAUAAGGGGGCAUACUCCUCUAAUCUCAUCUAUACUCCUACUGAUGUCCGUCUGGUGAUUGAGUAUGCCCGGUUAAGAGGCAUCAGAGUUAUCCCGGAGUUUGAUACACCAGGACACACACAGUCUUGGGGAAAAGGUCAAAAAGAUCUUCUCACUCCUUGUUACAAUGGAGGACAGCCAACUGGGUCCUUUGGACCUGUAAAUCCUGUUUGGAAUACAACUUACGACUUCAUGACUAAGUUCUUUAAGGAGAUCAGCAGUGUAUUUCCAGAUGAAUUCAUUCAUUUGGGAGGAGAUGAAGUGGACUUCAGUUGUUGGAAAUCUAACCCUGAGGUGAAAGAGUUCAUGAAGAAGCAAGGUUUUGGCAUUGACUAUGCUAAACUGGAAUCUUACUAUGUUCAGAACAUUUUGGACAUUGUUUCCUCCUACAAAAAAGGACAAAUGGUCUGGCAAGAAGUCUUUGAUCACAAAGCACAACUGAAACCGGACACCGUAGUUCAAGUGUGGAUGGCAAAUAACUACGCUCGUGAACUGAGUAGGGUCACAAGAGCUGGGUUCACUGCUGUUCUGUCAGCACCGUGGUACUUAGACUACAUUAGUUAUGGGCAAGACUGGAAGAAAUACUACAGUGUUGAACCACUUAACUUCCCUGGAUCUGAAGAACAGAAGAAACUUUUAAUAGGUGGAGAAGCUUGCCUGUGGGGAGAAUUUGUGGAUGCAACUAACCUGACACCAAGAUUAUGGCCUCGAGCAAGUGCUGUUGGGGAAAGACUCUGGAGCAGCAGCAAUGUGACCAACUUGCAGGAUGCCUACAAUAGGCUAACUAAUCACCGAUGCCGCAUGCUCCGCCGUGGCAUAGCGGCCGAACCGGUGUUUGUUGGAUACUGUGCCCACGAAGCAAGAGGGCCAUAACUGCUGCAAAGACUUCUUGUCAACAGCCUGAAGUGCCUCUGGGGAUAUGUAUGUGUGGUUUCAUAUCUGAAUCAAGACUUAAAAUUUUCACUUUUAAAAUAAAAUUAUUUUACAGCCUUGUUGGAGUAAAAAUUAUCAUUUUUAACCUUUCAAAAGUAGGGAUUCUUCACUGUGAAAUCAUCAAAC